AUGUAAAAGCAUUUUGUUUAGUAAGAUCAACAUUUUUAUUAUUUGGUAGAGUAGGAGGUGGAUUAUUUACAAAGGCAGCAGAUAUAAGAGCAGAUUUGGUAGGAAAAGUAGAAAUGAAUUUACCAGAAAAUACUCAGUCCCAAAGUAAUCCUUAAUAAUAAAUAAAAAAGNGCUAUUUAGAAGCUUAAGAAUAAUUAAAAAAAAAAAAACAGAAAUAAAAACUAUUAGAAUAAUCAUUAUAAUAAAAAUCAAAAAAAUCAAAUCCUUUUAGAAAGUUAUUAAUAAAGCAUAGUAAUACUUUAGGAUUGAAAUUAAUUAAGAAAAAGCUUUAGCAUUUGGAAGAAGAAUCAAUUUUAAUGAAAAUGUAUCAGCAAAUUAAUGAUUAAAAAGAAGUGGAAAAAUAAUAACCAAAGGAAGAAUAGAUUCUAAGAAAAAUGAUUUAAACAAACUUAAAUGUAUAAAUUAUUAAUAUUUUUAAGGCAAUUAAAGUUUUUAUGGACGAAAAUCAAAAAUAAUAAGAAACUGCUUAAAAAUAAUUAAGAUAAAGGAGACCAGUCUCUUUAUCAAACCCUAAACAAUGUAGAAAAAAUCCACAUAACACCUCACUUCGAGAUAAUAUGAAAGAGUUAGCAGGAUCAACUUAAUAUUUAAGCACUAAAGGUUAAUCUAAAAAUAUUAUAUCUUUGGCUGAGUUAACUAAUUUAAAAAAAAAAUUAAAUUAAAUUCAAUUUAAAAGUCCAAACAGAUUCUCAUAAUUAUUUUAAAAAUAAGAAUGA